ACUGGCACUUUGAAAAGAGAAAAUGAAGGAUGAGAUAGAGACACUGUGGAGGGAAGUGAGGGAACUUAGCUUAGGAAACAGUAGGAAAAUAGAAAGACUAGAAACUCCACCAACCCCUCUUGAGUUCCUCAGAGACUUCAUCAACCCAAACAAACCCUUCAUCAUCUCCAACACCAUCAACCACUGGCCCGCACUCUCUUCAUGGCCCCACCACUCCUACCUCGCCGGAAAACUCUCCUCCGCCACCGUCUCCGUCCACCUCACCCCAACCGGACACGCCGACGCCCUCUCCCCUCUCCCUUCCUCCUCCUCCUCCUCCUCUCUCUGCUUCGCCUCCGCUCACGUGCAGCGCAUGCUUUUCCCCGACGCUCUCCGCCUCAUCUCGUCUUCGCAGCCACCGCAGUUGGUGGCUUACGCGCAGCACCAAAACGAUUGCUUUCGUUCCGAGUACUCUUCUCUUGCCGCUGAUUGUGAUCCUCACAUUUCUUGGGCCACUGAAGCUCUUGGCUCAAUGCCUGAAGCUGUGAACCUUUGGAUUGGUAACCAACACUCUCAAACCUCAUUCCACAAGGAUCACUAUGAGAAUCUCUACGCUGUUGUCACUGGCGAGAAGCACUUCCUCCUUUUGCCACCCACUGAUGUUCAUCGCUUGUACAUUCGUCAUUACCCUGCUGCCACUUAUACAUAUUCUUUGGAUACUGGAGAGUUUGAUUUGGAACUUGAGAAGCCAACUAGGUAUGUGCCUUGGUGCAGUGUGGACCCUUAUCCUUCUCCUGAGACCAUGGAUGAUGAGAUGUCCAAGUUUCCCUUGUACUUCAAUGGUCCUCCCCCGUUUGAGUGUACUGUGAAGGCUGGCGAGAUUCUCUACCUGCCAAGUAUGUGGUUUCAUCAUGUUAGACAGAGUACGGAUGAUGGAGGAUUAACUAUUGCAGUAAACUAUUGGUACGAUAUGCAGUUUGACAUUAAGUAUGCUUAUUUCAACUUCUUACAAUCUAUUCAUUACCGACUCACUCCGAGGCCAAUGAUGAAUGAGAAAUUGUCUGACGAGAUUGAUUCAGGUCCUGAUUUUAAUAAAACUAACAAUCAAUAAAUAUUAAACAACUCAUAUGACAUAAAAUAAGACGAGGUUGUACCCCAAAACCAUUUGAAUCAUUUGAUAGCCAUAUAAGAUUACUUAUGUGUAGCAUAACAACUCACAUUGAAUAAUUGCAGGUUUUUGAUGGGAGGUUGAUGCGGUGCAUUCCAUUAUUAUUCUUACAACUUUCAAUGCAGAAUUUGGGUCAAAUUUGCCUUGGAGCUUUGGAUUUAAAAUUCUGCUCAAGUCCUGUCUUUCAAGCUCAGGUCUUACCGACUCAAGUAUGAGGUCUAUUAAAAGGCUAGCCAUUGAUGCACACACUUGUGUGGAUAAGACUUGAGCUUGAAAGAGGGGACUUGAGCAGAAUUUUAGAUCCAAGGCAAAUUUGAUGCAAAUUCUGUGUGGAAAGUUGUAGGAAUAGCAAUGGCAUAUACUGCCCCAACCUCCAUUCAAUUAUGAAUUGUUAUGCUACCCAUGAGUUAUUUUAUAGAACUGUCGAAUAAUUACGUGUACAAUCUUGUCAUGAGUUGUUUAAUAUUUAUCAGUUGUUAGCUUAGGAUACUAGAUGAAUUCUUCAUUUGUCAGCGAUGCUCUUUGGCAAUGUGGGGGAUUCAAGCAAAUGCUCAAGACCAAAAGUUGCUACUUGAGCAAACUAUUUAUGGAAACCGUGUGGGCGAAACAUUCUUUCCCAGAACAAGCGGCCAAGUGCCAACA